AUGGGAUCUUCGAGGCUCUUCACUUGCCCUCUAUGCGAACGUAUUUACAAUGAACCAUACACAAUGUCAGCCUGUGGGCAUAUAUUUUGUAAGGAAUGCAUUGAAAGAAUCAUACUGUUCUCGAUAAUUAAACCGAGUUAUGACACUGAGUCUAUUAUGAAACACACAUCCAUCAAAUGCCCUCUGUGAAACAGGGUCUCAGACCUUGAAACUGGCAAUUUUGAAAAGGAUUUAGAGUACAACUAUGAAUUAGAGCUAAACAUCCGAAAAUGGCAAGAGCAAGAGUUUAAUUUAGACCCAAGUGAUAAUUUUACACCUGCAGAUAUUUGUAAGAAUCAUCUAAAACUUCUGGAAACUUUCUGACUUGAUGACAAAGAGUUUACCUGCUGGAUGUGACACAAUUACAAUUUCUCAGAUGAUCACAGAGGACAUCGAGUGGUUGGACUUGAGGAAGCUUAUAGAAUUCUCCGAACUGAAAAUCUUGAAAAUCUUGCAUUAAUGAACUCUAUGAACAAAUUUGUGACUCAAAGACUCAAAUAUCUAGACAAUUGCCGAAACAGGAUGAAGUUUUGCAAGAAAAAGGCUAAAUAAGGAAAUAGAAGAAUACUAUGACCGUAUAGUCAGAGAUACUCUCCUCAUGAAAAAUAGAAAGCUUCAUGAACUUGAUGAGGUUCACCAGGAGCAUGAUAACCAUAUGGAAAAGAAUGAGAAGGCUUGCAGAAAGUUCAUCGAGCUCUCCAGGAAGGUUCUUAAUAUCAACCCAGAUACUUUAUAUGGAGUUUUGAAGCAAUACAAUAUGUCAACAGGAUUUAUUAAAAGUAUCGCAAAUGAGGUCAAUUUUCCUAUCGAAAAUGAAGUUGAUAUUAAGAUGAAGAUCCCAGCAUAUUCCAUUGUCUCCGACGCACUAAAUGAGUUAUACUCUCGAAUGGAAGUUAGAUCAACAGGGUUGUCUCCUAACAUACGUGAAAGGAUAAAUCCUCUUGAGGACUCCAAAAUCCUUCCUCUUAGAUGUCAAAAUGAUAUAAAUUUGAGUAUUCUGCCGAAUUUCAAAAGUACAGAGUUGCUAUUCAGGCUGGGAGAUUCGAAAAUGACUGCUAAGAGGUUUAGAGAUGCCAUCUACUAUCAAGGGCCUACUCUAAUUCUUAUCCAAGCCAACAGAGGUCAUAUAUUUGGUGGAUAUUCUCCUAAACAAUGGACUGAAGGGAUUGAUGGGAACAACUGGCUGUCAUCAGAUGAAUCAUUUAUCUUCACAAUCACAGAUAACAAGGGUCGGGAACCUUUAAAACUAAAGGUCAAGAAAGAACGUAAAGACACUGCUCUAUUCCAUUCAAAGAUUACUUUUGGAUUUGGAAGUGGUCAUGACCUUGGUAUAAAUCUUAUCGACCUUCGAAGAUCAGAAUCAAUUAUUUUUGGAUACGAAAUGCCUAAGAAUUGAACAACAGACUGCGAUAAAUUCCUUGCUGGUCGAAGAGAUAACUGGGAAAUAGAAGAGUUUGAAGUCUUUCUUGUCAAAGAUUUUAUCUCAGAACCAAGAUAUAUAGAUCUCAAUACUAGUUUAGUCAAUAUGGCGAAGAAGGAUGUAGCAAAGCAGAAAUAACGCUCAAUCUGAAAAUCAGUCUUCUUAUAUUGAACAGCUAAUGAAAGAGAAAGAUAAAGAGCCAGAAGAGGAAGAAGAAAAGAGUGAGGAUUCAUUACUCGAUCAUUCUUUUAUCUACAAGGGAUUCCUUGAUGAAGAGCACUUCCAAUCUAAACUAAAGGAGCAAUUCACUCUGGUUGCUAAGGAUGGAGUUGACAUCAAGAAAAUGAAACUUUCUACAAAAGUUGAAGAAGUCUAUGACAGUGCUAGUGAGGGUAACUCUUUUACUAAGAGCCUGAAAGAGGAGCCAUUAGGACAGCACAGUAGGGUGAAGAAGGCAAAUACUCUUUCAAAUGCUGGACAUAUGAUCACGAGUCCUAGAUCUAGUCCCAAUUAAUCUUGCAAUAUCCUCCCUCUUAAUUUCAGCCA